CAACAUUUCUCUACUUCUGUUCGCACGCAAAACCAAAACAAACUAGCUCCUUAAAAACUAAAUAAAUUUGCUAACAAAGUGCUUUUAAGCAUAACGAAAAGUAUAAGAGCUACUGUACCACAAAGCUAUAAACUAGCACAAAUAAAAGCUCAUAUAAGUGUCAUUAGUUGUUGUUAUUGGCUUUUAAGUAGAUGCUAAACUACAUAAAGGAAACUAUAAUGGCUCCGUCAACACGCAGCAGCAAGACAUUGGACAAAGACAGGGACAAGGAUAAAGCUAAGGAGCUGCAGUUGGUGUCAAGUGAAAAUAAAAUGCGGGGCUUUAAAAUUACAGAUAAUGAACGCACACGCAAAUACGGCAUUGGAGCUAAUUCGCUGGAAAUGCUGACAAAUAAAGCGCAACUCAAGUUUCCCCUGGAAAAACUGCACGUGUAUCUGUCUAGCGAUGGCUUUGAAGUGUCUGAUGAUGAAUAUCUCAACAGCUUGCCUGCUCAGACGCUUUUCAUAGUGGCUGGCCCAGAUGCACUUAUUACAACAGAUGCGGACUUUGAAUUUGAGAAGCUCCGUCAGCAGUCGCCGCUACUUAAGGUAGCUGACAUAUUCUAUGACUUCAUUGAGCAGCAUCCGGAGAAGUUUAGACGCAUGAUUACAGAGUAUGAACAGCAGAAGCAACAACGCGCUUUGGACCAGACCAAGGCGCACUUGAGUCUGAAGGCCGAGCAUUUGGAAUGGUUCGAGGGUGGCGAGGAGCGUUUUAAGUCCAAGGAAGAGGCCAUGACCAUGAGAGCACAGACACGUGUGCGUGGCUACUACUACAAAACCAAGGAGGAGCUGACGCGUACGCAGCUCUUCAGACAAAAUGCCAAGGCUCGCCAAGUCAUCAACUCAGUGCUGGAGCAAUUUCGAUAUUUACUCAUAGGCUGCGACUAUUUUUCCAUGAUGUUCAAUCGUCAAUGCCAGCAAAAGCACGAGUUUCUGCAGCAGCAUUUGGGGGAGGAGGUGCCCGAUGCGGCUGCAGUGCCUAAUAAACGACUAAGGCAGCUUAUCAAGGACUACACUACACGCCAUGGCAUACUCGAUGAAUGGUCUGUAUCACUUUGCACGGAUUUGGGUGAUUUCUACUGUCAGGGCGCCUACUCGGAUAAUGGCAAUUGCUGCUCACUAAAGCAUACCAUUAAUCCCUAUGCAUCGCGCGAGAAUCUUAUACUCUUUCAAGUUUGGAAUCUUGAUCACCAAAUUGAGCUCUCGCGCUCUAUUCUGCCCGCGUUAGUUACCAAUGUACAGGAGCUGAUUAGUCAGCCACAGCGCAAGUGUGCGCUGCAUAACAAACGUGUCGUGGAUAUUUCAGUGCUGGAAUACUUUCUGGAAAUAUUCUCACUCAAAAACCUCAAGCUGGUGCACAUAGUAUGCCAUGAGAAGGUGCAGCGCACCAAUCGCUCUAAUGGCCGCCUACUCUGCUCAGAUUGUCAUGAGUAUAAUAUAGUGCAGGAGCUCAUGCAGUUGCAGCUGGAAAACUAAUUUAAAAUAUAAGCUAUAAAAGUUACCUAUGAAAGCAAUAACAUAUAACUCAAAGUUAGAUUUAGCAAGCUGUAAAUCUUGUAAAUUGUACAAAGCGCAACUCUAUAGUUAACUAACUGAACUUAUAUUGGAAAAUAUUUAUAAACUGUGCAUUUAUGU